CUGCCUGGGCCUUUUCCUAAGCACGGAGAUGACAGUACCGAUUGCAAACUUGUGUUUUUAAUUGUGCGCUCUGUCUACAUCAGGUAUUGUACUAAGAAGCACUUCCAUCACGUUUGCAAAAAAUAAUCGGGUCUUAAAGUGGUUGUCUCCGAUUGCUCACCUCCUCCUCUUUCCCAUUAACAAACAAUCUGUAUUUCAUUAAGUGCAUAGUUGGAUAUUUUGAUGGUGGCGCCACAGAUUGGAAACUUCUCACCUGGCCAACCCUUACAUAAUUUGUCCUCCUUAAAUGGAAGGGGAAAAAUACUCUUGGGAAUGGCUGUUGAUGGUGGGUGUGGGGACACUGGAGACUGGGAAGGUCGCUGGAACCAUGUAAAGAAGUUCCUCGAGCGAUCUGGACCCUUCACUCACCCUGAUUUCGAACCAAGCACUGAAUCUCUCCAGUUUUUGUUAGAUACAUGUAAAGUUCUAGUCAUUGGAGCUGGCGGCUUAGGAUGUGAGCUCCUGAAAAACCUGGCAUUGUCUGGUUUUAGACAGAUUCAUGUUAUAGACAUGGACACUAUAGAUGUUUCCAAUCUAAAUAGACAGUUUUUAUUUAGGCCUAAAGAUGUUGGAAGACCUAAGGCUGAAGUUGCUGCAGAAUUUCUAAAUGACCGAGUUCCUAAUUGUAAUGUAAUUCCACAUUUCAACAAGAUUCAAGAUUUUAAUGACACUUUCUAUCGACAAUUUCAUAUCAUUGUGUGUGGAUUGGACUCUAUCAUAGCCAGACGGUGGAUAAACGGCAUGCUGAUAUCUCUGCUAAAUUAUGAAGAUGGUGUGUUAGAUCCAAGCUCCAUUGUCCCUUUGAUAGAUGGGGGGACAGAAGGUUUUAAAGGAAAUGCUCGGGUGAUUUUGCCUGGGAUGACUGCUUGUAUUGAGUGUACACUGGAACUCUAUCCACCACAGGUUAAUUUCCCCAUGUGCACCAUUGCAUCCAUGCCCAGACUACCAGAACAUUGUAUUGAAUAUGUAAGGAUGUUGCUGUGGCCUAAAGAACAGCCUUUUGGAGAUGGGGUUCCAUUAGAUGGAGAUGAUCCUGAGCAUAUUCAGUGGAUUUUCCAAAAAUCUCUAGAGAGGGCAUCACAAUAUAAUAUUAGAGGUGUUACCUAUAGACUCACUCAAGGGGUAGUAAAACGAAUAAUUCCUGCAGUAGCUUCCACGAAUGCAGUCAUUGCAGCUGUGUGUGCCACUGAGGUUUUUAAAAUAGCCACAAGUGCAUACAUUCCCCUUAAUAAUUACUUGGUAUUCAAUGAUGUAGACGGGCUAUAUACAUACACGUUUGAAGCAGAGAGAAAGGAAAACUGUCCAGCUUGUAGCCAGCUUCCUCAAAAUAUUCAGUUUUCUCCAUCAGCCAAACUACAAGAAGUUUUGGAUUAUCUAACAAAUAGUGCUUCUCUGCAGAUGAAAUCUCCAGCUAUCACAGCCACAUUAGAGGGGAAAAAUAGAACUCUUUACUUACAGUCAGUGACGUCUAUAGAAGAACGAACAAGACCAAAUCUUUCCAAGACAUUGAAAGAAUUAGGACUUGUUGAUGGACAAGAACUGGCGGUUGCUGAUGUUACCACACCACAGACUGUGCUGUUCAAGCUUCAUUUUACUUCUUAAGAAACAUAAAUCUGCACAUAAUAGAAAACUUAUAGAAAUAAUAUUCUUUAUGGAAGCUAAAGAAUUAAAGGAUGGGGAAGGUGGGGUGAAGGGAAGUUCCUCUCAAAAUGUAACUGAUGUGAAUUUUAACAGUUUUGUUGGAAUUUAACUUUAUCAUAUACACAUACAUGUGUAUAUAUGUAUAUAUAAAGUGAGCAACCUUUUUUAAACUUUAUAAUGUCAUUUUGGGACAGAAAGUUGGGGCUGGUGCUUGUAAACAUUGUCACUAUUGAUACCAGAAACAUGCCUGUAGAGAUUAUGAGCAAAUGUAUUGUUUCUUUUAGAGAAGGAGGUGGAUAACCUCUUUUCUAUGGAUUUUGUUAAGGUCAAAAAACACAUUCCUCAGCUUUCAUAUGAGCACCUUCAUGUAAAACAGAUAUCUAUGUCCUGUAAUAAAAGUAAGAAAUUAGGUUUUCAAAUACAUUAAAUGCUACACCCUGACAUCUAGAGUAUAUCUAACAUAGGCUACUUCUUGAUUUAAUAUUCAUUUAAUUGUGGUUUCCCAAAAUGUAACUUAAUUAUUGCAGAGUUUAUCUUAUCUGUAAUGAUUUGUAAACAGUAUUAUAGCUGAGUACCUGUUCCUGAAACUAGGAAAUAUUUUCAUGUGUUUCUUUGAAGUGCCAUAGAGGCCAAUAUGCACAAAUUUAAGCCAAGACAUGGCUGUUUAAAAAUUUAAUAUUUAAACAGUUAUUGUUGAUGCUUUUGCACUAUUUAUUAAUAAAAAUCAUACAUUGUCUACUU